AAAUAAUAUCACAGAACUUAACAGAGACUGGAUUCAGCUAUGCUGAAGGCGUUAGUUUUUCUUCGUAAUAAUUCAUUCCCCCACCUUUGCCUCUCUUCACAUAAGAAUUGUAACAAUGAGUUUUUAAUUGGUGGUUUCUUGGGGAUCAUAAAACUUAUUUUGGCUGUCACCGAAAGAGAGAGUUAAUAAAUCAAGGCUGAUAUAGACUUGGAGGUAUUCAAAUAACCCUCCGCAUAAUAAAACAGUUACCACAGGUCUGGAUUGUGUUUGACAGUGUGCAUGCAAAUAAGGGCUGGAGUUACCAGUGUCGUUAUUUAGAGUUAGAACGUAUUGUGAUAGCGUUUGUCAAGCUGUGCAGAUCUCACAGCUGGGUUGGACUUCUUAUUUGUUUUGUACAUGCACAGCAAGUCAAUGAAUUAUAACUGUGAUAUUUUGUUAAACUUGAAAAUGGUUGUAGAAAAGCUCCAUGAAGAUGAUGUCGAUGCAGAUAUGCAACUGUGAUAUGAGAUGAUAAAUCCAAAAAUAAAACAUGAAGUUUAUACCUAUUUAUUGGUUUUCAUUGGCUUCAAUGUGUUUAGGUUGUAGUGAAGUUGCUGAUGUGAUGUUUGUUAUAGACGGUUCAGAGAACGUAUCCACAGUCGACUUUCUCCAUGAAGUCACUUUCGUGGCAUCGAUACCUACACAGUACAAUGUAUCGCCAAACCACGUAAGGUUUGGAGUCAUUCUAUAUGGAUCCCAAGUGACCAGCAAAAUAAGCAUAGUCCCAAAUAUAGAAAACAAUCAAUUUGUGAAUGAAGUUACUCAAUUAAAGCAAGGAGGAGGACAACCAUUGCUUUUCCGUGCUUUAACUGAAGUUCGAAAAGAGUUUUCGAAAAACUUUCGUGAUGGAAGUAAACAGAUAGCAAUUGUGAUAAUAAGUGACAAAUUGCAUAAUAGACACGCUGUGAUGCGAGAAGUGGGGUACUUAAGAAAAGCGGGAGUAACAGUUCUCCCUGUCGGAGUGGGGCAAGGGGUCCAGGAAAGUGAUCUCAGAGACCUACGAACGUUUGCAAAUCCAAUUCAUAGAAUAAACAAUUUCAGUGACCUUUACCGAUUGUCCAAAGAUAUUUACAAUUCCGUUUGUCGGGGGUCACAAAUCUAUGAAACAACCUCUUUGCCACAACCUGAAUCGCAAACAAGGUUGCAGAAUUCUAUUGUCACUGUACAUUCCUACAAAGAUGGAAAACAACGGUUCUUUAUUAAAAAAGAUGGGUCUUCUCAAACAAAUGAGAAGGGGUUGCAGAUUGAAGUUCCGUUAUUGAGAGAAAUGGUCGAAAAACAGCCGGCCAUGAGGCCUUACUUCAUCAGUUACUCAUUGCUGGAUAUGAAAGAUUCUAAAGACAAAACCCAAUAUGAUUUUGUCUCAUCAACUCCAAAUACAAAUAAAAAAGUAUCGGGAAUCAUAAUCAACAAUGAAAUAUGGGUGCAAACAUCAACACCUAUGAUUAAAACGUUUCCUAAGGAAAAACCAUGGACAUCAAAGACAGACAAGCCCCUGGAUGACAAAACAUCGUUGCAUUGGAUGGCAAAAGGCGUAAAAGAUUUCAAAGACUUUUUAAAGAAAUUAGGAGGAGGCAGCCGUAAAAAUCCAGAUCAAUCAUCCAGAAAAUACUCCAAAUCAAACACUUUAUUAACAAGUAACAAACGUAUAGAUUUAAGAAUGAAAAAGACAGAGAAAAAGGAACCAUAUAAUAAGAUAAAGCAACAGUAUGCAGUUAGGCGAAGACAAAGCCAUAUGAUCACACAUAAAGAAAGUAGCAACGAUGAUUCCUAUAGACAGACUCAAAACAAAACUGCUUCAAGAAACAUUGCGAGGUCUAAUACACGAGUUGUAAAAGAAAGAACAUCUCCGCAUUCAAAAACAUAUAAACAACAAAAGAAAGAGGCGACCACGAUCAGUUACACUACUCCUUCUUUUGUACAACAGGACAGCAAUGUCAUAUAUACCACAGAAACCCCCAGUAAGAAUCGAAAUGAGAGAAAAUCUCUUCCAACUCAAAACAAUCAUUCAUUAGAAAGCAAAUUGCCAAAAAAUGUAUUGACCCAAAAAAAUCCAGUUUACAGAAAUAGUAUUUUACCUGAAAAGGACGAAACUACCACUGCCAGGACAGACUAUAAAUUAUUAGACCACAGUAAACACAAUCCAAAUGCUGAUCGUUCAGUAUUUACCGACAACCUUUCAUCCGGUCGACGACCUGUUUUUACCUUAAGUGGAACCAUGGACAGUAAUGUUUUCUCUAUUGGGAAUAUUCUUCAAUCGUCUUCCAUGAAAUAUGACAUUAAAGGUGGUCGUUUGUCACAAAACGGGCUCAGUCCAAGUAAAAUUGUUCAUGAGAAACCUCAAAUAACCAGUAAUCUAUACAGUCCAUCAAAUGAGUUCUAUAUCGAAAAUGGUGUGAAUUCCAUUUCGUAUAAAGAACAUUUUCAAAGACUUAUGAAUCCUAAUUCAAGGCCCUUAGAAACUACAAAAUCGCCUUAUUCUUUUGAUGGUUCUAAACUGUUUUCUGCGGGGUCUCUUUAUGCUCCGUACAGGAAUGAUCACCAGACUACAGACAUGAUGACUCCCACGACUCCAGUCACAACGUCUAGCAGACGGCACAAACAGCCAUUUUAUUUGACCGAACAAAAAUACGACCAACUCAUUCCGUCCAUCACAGAAUCAUCCACGCAACCAGCCAUGUUUGAUUCUGAACAACUUACCACGAGAAACUCACAAACUUUUCCGCCAAACUUUUUGGCGCUGUUGGGAAUUUCGUUGGAUAAUGAUGCAGCACCACGAGCUAGAAAUAUAAAGAAUUCACCGUUGGCUCCAGCAUUGCCCCAAAACAAUGCUGAAGGGUACUACCACCCGGAGACAAACGUACAUUUCUAUCGCCCGGCAGCUUCUCUGCCGUCGUAUCGGCCAUCUCCAUGGGAUGAGGAGUCCGAAAAUUACUCGCAAAACCUUCCUCUGCCUCCAUAUCGCCAAAAUCAAAGACAUGUGGAAUUUAAUUUUAGGGAUCAAAACUGUACAAAAGAAAUAUAUCCAGGCGAUUCCAGGUUUUACGUUGAGAGUCUAAUGUCCCGAAUAGAAAUUCGACCUUGUCCACCUGGAACCAUUUUUGUUUCAGAAACAUGCGGCUGUACCAAAUCGUUUCCAGUUUUAGAACAAUUCGAUUGCACCCCAGAGCUACAUCUAACGUUUGACUCCGACUUCAGCGAUAUGUCUGGCAAAAGUACAGUCGCCGUCAACCGAGUCUCGCUUCGAAAUAACAGCGCCAUAUUUAAUGGCGACGGCGAACUGCGUGUGUGGCGGUUCAGUGGGGGUUAUAUCGGGAACCAACUGAUGCUGAAGAUGAGAUUCAAACCCACGCACUUUUAUCAGCAAAAGCAACUUCUUGUAGGCAACUGCAAGAAAAAUACCACCAUGUCAUACGGAGCAAUGAUUGACACCAAAUCUCGCGAGGUUGUCAUGUCAAUUACAACCAGUAACGGUACUGCAGACAUCAAAAUACAUUUCAAGAUGUUUCAUUGGAACGAUAUGGUUAUGAUUUACGAUGGAAGUGAAUUUAAAGCCAUUUUGAACGGACAAAAGAAAGUUGUUCCUCUUAUCGGAAAUGUAGAAGAGCGACUUAGUCCUUUGUGUAUAGGUCGAUGUGACAGGGCAGACUACGGAUUCCAAGGAUCAAUCGAUAAUAUGGAGCUUCUAUUUUGUGUGCCAAAAGUAUGGGGGAGUCUCUGAGAUAUUGUUCAAGUGUAUUUGAUUAUUUCAUUUUACAUAAACGAAACUGCGAAGAAGAAAUAUGUAAUUUUGAUUAAAC